AAAUAACCUGUGCAAAUAAACAGUUUUUAACUAGCGCAUUACCUUGUAACGUUUUCCAAUUUUUUUUUAAUUAAUUGAUUAAAUUGUGUCGUGUUGUGAGUGUGCGUGCUAUAUAAAAUGACCACAGACACGGAAAAAAGUUCACCGGAGGCGCGAAAGCGUCGAAAAAGUGCUUCCAGGUCUCCGACUCACAAAAAGUCCAAGUCGGACUCCAGAGACGAUCGCGAUCGCAGGAAGCGGUCGCGAAGAUCACGGGACAGGGACGAGAAACGCGACAGACACGGGGGCAAGCGGCGUUACCACGAUUUGGAUGCGCCCACAGAAGAGUACCCUAGAUAUUAUGGGGAGAGCAACAAACAGAACAGUGAUAGGUACUGGAAUAAGUACCCAAAGAGGGAUGAACAUGUUGUGGGGAGCAGAUACUAUGAUCCUGUUAGGGAGGAUCGCAAGGAGAAAGAGGAGAAGGAGGAGAAUAAGGAUAAAUCGGUGAUCACACCCAGAGAAAGAAAAACAGUGGACCUGCUAACAUCCAAAACUGGAGGUGCUUACAUUCCUCCAGCCAAGCUGAGGAUGAUGCAGGCUGAAAUCACAGACAAGUCCUCAGCAGCCUACCAACGAAUAGCCUGGGAAGCAUUAAAAAAAUCCAUUCAUGGAUACAUAAACAAAAUUAACACAUCCAACAUUGGUAUCAUAGCAAGAGAAUUAUUACAUGAGAACAUAGUGAGGGGUAGAGGUUUGUUGUGCAAGUCAAUAAUUCAAGCCCAGGCUGCCUCCCCCACAUUCACUAAUGUCUAUGCUGCUUUGGUGGCUGUUAUCAACUCAAAAUUUCCAAAUAUUGGUGAGCUACUUUUAAAAAGAUUAGUACUUCAGUUUAAGAGAGGCUUUAAACAAAAUAACAAAAACAUAUGUAUAUCUGCGGCAACUUUCAUUGCACAUUUGGUUAAUCAGAGAGUGGCACAUGAAAUUUUGGCUCUGGAAAUACUUACAUUGCUAGUCGAGUCACCCACUGAUGACUCAGUGGAGGUAGCCAUUUCUUUUUUGAAGGAAAGUGGACAAAAAUUAACUGAGGUAUCCAGCAAAGGUAUAAACGCCAUAUUCGAAAUGUUAAGGAACAUUUUACAUGAAGGCCAGUUGGAGAAAAGAAUCCAGUACAUGAUAGAAGUCAUGUUUCAAAUAAGAAAAGACGGUUUUAAGGAUCAUGCUGCUGUGAUAGAAGAACUAGAUAUAGUUGAAGAAGAGGAUCAGUUCACACAUCUAAUCACACUGGAAGAUGUGAAACAGGUCAACGCCGAGGAUAUUUUAAACGUGUUCAAAUUCGACGACAAAUAUGAAGAAAACGAGGGCAAAUACAAGACCCUCAGCAAAGAAAUCCUCCAGACUGACAGUGACUCAGAAUCAGGUUCAGAAGGGUCAGAAGAGGACUCAGAUGAUGAGGAGGAGGAAGAAGAUGAAACCAAGGAUCAAACUAUUAUUGACAACACAGAAACCAAUUUAAUUACUUUGAGGAGGACUAUUUAUCUAACAAUCCAGUCUAGUUUAGACUUUGAAGAAUGUGCACACAAACUAUUGAAAAUGGAGCUGAAACCUGGUCAAGAAAUCGAAUUGUGCCAUAUGUUUUUAGAUUGUUGUGCUGAACAACGUACUUACGAAAAGUUUUAUGGUCUGCUGUCGCAAAGGUUUUGUCAAAUUAACAAGACGUAUGUGGAACCUUUCCAACAAAUUUUCAAGGAUACUUACGCCACAACCCACAGAUUAGACGCAAACAGACUGAGGAAUGUCAGCAAAUUUUUUGCCCAUUUACUUUUUACCGACGCCAUAGGUUGGGAGGUAUUAGAAAUCAUGAAAUUAAAUGAAGAGGACACCAACAGUUCCAGCAGGAUAUUUAUUAAAAUCUUGUUUCAAGAACUAGCUGAGUACAUGGGUCUGGGCAAAUUAAACAAAAGGCUGAAGGAUGAAAGCCUUAGCGAGCAUUUUGCGGGACUGUUUCCAAGAGACAAUCCCAAAAACACCAGAUUUGCCAUCAACUUCUUCACUUCAAUAGGUUUGGGAGGGCUGACGGACGAGUUGCGAGAGCAUUUGAAGAACGUACCAAAGAAUUUGGAAGUUGCAGCCAUCAAAAAAGACUCCAGUAGCUCCAGCAGUAGUAGUAGCAGUAGCAGCAGCAGUUCUAGCAGUGAUUCCAGCAGUUCAGAUGACAGUAGUUCAGAUUCAUCGUCCUCUUCUGAGGAUGAAAAGUCAAAGAAAAAGAAGAAGAAAGAAAAGGCCAAAACGAAGAGAAAGUCGAAGCAGGAUGUUGAAAAAGUCAAAGGUAAAAGUAAAAAUGGAUCAAAAGGUGACAGGGAAGAUCGGAAGGAAAAAAGAAGGCGGGAUUACGACCACGACAAGAAUAAAAAUGAAGAAAGGAGACACAGAGGUGAUCGCGAGGAGAGGCGGAGGAGGUCACACUCCAGGGAAAAGCACAGGGAAGGAAGGAGUCGUGAUGAACCCAAACAUAAGAGAGAUCGGGAGGGUCACAGAAGCAGAAAAUAAAACAUACCUAUAAAAUAAUGUGGUGUAUAUUGUAAUAUAUGAAAUAUAAGUUUUUUUAUUUA